CAUUUUCACAUUUAUCACAUUGAUUGUUCAGCCAGCGUUCCAGGGACAGAAAUGGGGGAGGGGCUGUCCUUGCCCAGGAAAGGGUGGAGUCUCCUUCUGUCUUCUUCACAGUUGGCCUAGGAAAGGUGCACACUCUUAACCACCCCUGGGUUCCCCUGUCGCCUUACAGACCCUGCCCUGCCCCGGCUACAGGGGGACCAGGAAGGGGCCAGCUGAGUCUGGGACAUUCCUGCCCGGAGAGAGUCAGGCCCUAGUGCACAGAAGGAUGUGGGUGUGGUCGGUGCGGGCACUGACAGGGGGUGGGGCACAUACGUCUCUGGGGAGCUCACUCAGAGGUUCCAGGUUGUAGCCCCUAUGGAAGUUCCUGGGUCCGGGGACUAGAGUGAGACUGUUCCCCACUCAUGUCUGGGCAGCAGAUGCCCAACCAGUGGCUCCCUCUGUCCACCCUUGGCCAGGGAGGGUCCUGGCCUCCCUCUCUGCUGGUGGGGACCCCUCAACACCCUCUCUUCUCUCCUCUCUGGAGCCCUGCCUGGGUGCAUGGCUUGUACAGUGAGUUACUGAGAAUUGAACUCUGGACAGCACCUGGCCCCCAGUUUGCUUUGAACAUUUCAGUCUGAGGCCAUCUUUGUCAUCAAAUGAGAAGGUUCACAGAUGUGCAGGUGUGCUGAUAGUCCAACCUUUCUGGUGUGUAAAACUAGAAGGAGAAAUAGACAACAUGCCUGUUUCUGUGAUGGGCCGUAAAGUGGAUUUUACAGAUUUGGAGACAUUCUGGAAGAUCCAGACCUGUCUGGAUCAGAGAGGGGAGCAGGCAUGGGGCAGUCAUGAGUCCAGUGGGGCCUGGGCUGGCAGGAGCAACAGGGAGGAGGAUGUGCCCGGGGGGGGUGAGCUGGGGAGACCCUGGAACCCAAGGCUGAGGACCCAGAGGCAGGAGACGCAGGAGAUGCCCCAGGGAUGCUGAGCAAAGCGUUGUCCUGUGAUGCAGCUGUCCUGGGUCUCCCUGUAGAAAGCUCACGUGUGGGCUGUCCUGGCCGUGGGUCCAGGGCUGUAUUUGCUCCAGGGGCAUUUGAUGCAGGUUAAGCCAGGGAAAGGCCAUUGCUCUGGGCAGCAGGAGCCACCGGAAAGGGUUGGGGAAGGGGGAAGGGUUGGGUCCUCCCACAGUCCCACAGGGCACAGGAAGUAAUUGGGGCUGAGAGCAGAGUUGGCUGGAUUGGGAUGACACCCCCGAGGAAGGACAGGCCUGUGGGGGAACAUGAGCAAGGACCACAGCCCAUCUAUGUCUGAGAACCCCAAAGUUGGUACAGGUGCGGUCUCUGCCCAGGUGGGCUGUGGGUACCACGGGGUGUCCUGCUGGGUGUGCCUCAAGUGUGAACUGGGAAGGGUGGUCUCUGGUCAGACUCACACAACACACCAAGAUGAGCUCACACCGGAACCACCCGAGACUCAAAUGGGAGUUGACAGCCCCCAGGGAACAUCUUCUUGACUAGAGGAGUCCAACAUCGGGAGACAGAAUUGGAGGGGUCCUCACGGCAGAGAACAGGGCCUCUUCUGGUCUGUCCAUGACGAGUGGUGCCCACCAAGAUGACAGGGACACUGCUGAGGAGGGAGGAUCGCUCCCACCUUCCUCUGAGGUUUCCACCUCAGUGAGCACCGGCCAGCCUGGGAGGGUGAAGAGCUGUGCUCGGUCUGGGUGGCCAGGGUGGGACUGUCCCCAGGACGUGGACUCCCCUGCAUGGGACAGCUGGCCAAGGACAGGGGGGUCUAGUAAGAGCCAGGACAGGGGAUUAGGCAGGACAGGGAGCAGCCCCCGGGCCCACAGGGCCGGCACCUUCUAGGGGCAGCUGUGCUGCGUGCAGCAGGUGCACCCAGGAAAGGAUGGUACCAGACUUGCCGCCGGGACUCGGGGGCUCACUUGGGGCAGGAGCACAGUGUCCCUCACAUUUCUACAGGGCCCAGAGGUGGGAGAAAGGGCACAGGGUGGCCCUUCUGAGGGGGGAUGUGUCCCUGCUGGGAACUCUGUUUGCUGGGAGGGGCUGGACCUCUAGGUACCUUUCAGAGCCUUUAGCAUCUCCCCUGGAUAAUGGGGAUGAAAGCACUCCUCACUCUAGUUUACAAUUAUUAGGUACACUGAUGCAUAGGAGGAUGCAGGACCUGCUCAUCUCCCAUCUCUACAGCCAGAGAAGACGCAGGACGCUAACAGACAGCCCAGGAUGCAGCAGGUACCAGGGAGCCUGGACCGGGCACAUCCUCACCGGCCGCAGGGGAGGACAUAGGGGUGGCUGCCCUUGAGCCUGCUCUCUGGGGUGCUGAGUGUUAUUCAGGGCCUUUCUCCAGGGUGUGGAUACCUGUCCUCUCACCUGCCCCCUGGUCUCCUGCCUGCCAGAUUCCUGCGGCCCAAAGGGAGCAAAGUGGGGCCGGGUCUACAUCCCCAUUGUCACUCCACAGCGUCCGGUGGGUCAACUGUCAGAGUAGGCACAUCAAAACCAAAGCUGGCCAGAAGGCAUGGCAGAGAACUUCCUUGUUCUGAUGCUGACGUGGGUGGCAUGCGUGGCCUGAGUUGGAGAAGGGGUGGGGCAGGGUAUCACUGACUCAGCAGCUUCCAGGUCGCUUUGAUGAUAUAUUAAGGCUCUCGAAUCCUAAGAGAAUGUUGGUGAAGAUCUCAACAUCACGCCUUGAGCAAGUCGCAGGAGCGGGAGGACAUAGACCAGGAACCGAGAAGAGACAAGCACGUGGACGGCAGCCCAGCAUCCGGGCUCAGACACUUGAUGGAUCCAUGCACAUUCACUUCCAACUUUAACAAUGGCAUUGGACGCCACCAGACCUACUUGUGCUACGAGUUGGAGCGCCUGGACAAUGGCACCUGGGUCCUGAUGGACGAGCACAGGGGCUUUCUACGCAACAAGGCUAAGAAUCUUCUCCAUGGUGUUGACGGCUGCCACGCGGAGCUGUGCUUCCUGGGCCAGGUUCCUUCUUGGCAGUUGGACCCGGCCCAGACGUACAGGGUCACUUGGUUCAUCUCCUGGAGCCCCUGCUUCAGCUGGGGCUGUGCCGAGCAAGUGCGUGCGUUCCUUCAGGAGAACACACACAUGAGACUGCGCAUCUUCGCUGCCCGCAUCUAUGAUUACGACUCCCUGUAUCAGGAGGCACUGCGAACGCUGCGGGAUGCUGGGGCCCAAGUCUCCAUCAUGACCUACAAGGAAUUUGAGCACUGCUGGGACACCUUUGUGGACCGCCAGGGACGUCCCUUCCAGCCCUGGGAUGGACUAGAUGAGCACAGCCAAGCCCUGAGUGGGAGGCUUCGGGCCAUUCUCCAGAAUCAGGGAAACUGAAGGAUGGGCCUCAGUCUCUAAGGAAGGCAGAGACCUGGGUUGAGCCACAGAAUAAAAGUUCUUCUUCCAAGAAAUGCAAACAGGCCAUUCACCACCAUCUCCAGCCGCUCACAGACACCAGCAAAGCCAGGUGCUCCUGACAAGUAGAUUUUUAAAAAAUCAGAGUGAAUUAAUUUUAAUUGAAAAUUUGUCUUAUGUUCCAAGUAUACAAUAAUAAGAUUAUGCUUAAUAUUCUCAGAAUGCUUUUUAAUUUAUUAAUGAAAUGAUUAAUUGGCUUCAUAUCUAAACUAAUAAAACAUUAAGAAUCUUCCAUUAUUGCUU